UGCCGGAUCUGGAAAAAACUGAGUCACAGGCAAGUCUGUAGAGCCACAGAAACACAACACAUAGCUUACACAACAGCACAGCAACAUGGGAGAUCAACAGAUGAGAAGCGAGCAUAUUAAUGGGCUGAAUGAGCACUUGUCUGGAAUUAAAGAGUUGAUCUGGAAAUCCCUAGAGGCCAGGAAAUUUGCCUACUGCCCCUACAGCAAGUUCAGAGUCGGGGCGGCACUCCUGACACACGACGGGACGGUUUUCACAGGCUGUAAUGUGGAAAACGCGUGCUUCUGCUUGGGCAUCUGUGCUGAGAAAACUGCCAUCUCUAAGGCCGUCUCACAUGGCUACAGGGAUUUCAAAGCCAUUGCUAUCGCAAGUGAUAUGUGUGAGCAGUUCGUUUCUCCCUGUGGAGGCUGCAGGCAAUUCAUGAGAGAGUUCGGGGCAAACUGGGACGUGUAUUUGUCCAAACCUGACGGUUCCUAUGUGGAGAUGACUGUUGAGGAACUGCUGCCUGCGUCUUUCGGUCCAGAGGAUUUAAAAAUGAAGAAAGUGAAUAUUCGGAACGAGGUUUAGACGAUAAACUCUUUGUAGUUUCAGUUGCACUGUGUAGACAGAAAAAGGUUUAAGUGGAUUAAUGGUGUUUAAUUCAGUGUUGGGGGUAACGCAUUACAAGUAACGCGAGUUACGAAAUCAGAUUACUUUUUUAAAGUAACUAGUAAAGUAACGCAUUACUUUUUAGUUUACAAGAAAAUAUCGGAGUUACUUUUUCAAAAAAAGUAAUGCCAGUUACUUUGUUUUCCCAUUUAUUGACCGACAAGUCUCCCGUUCCAAAUAUUGGGAGGAAUCGAAAGUACAGAGGCGUUGUGUGCUCUGUGAACAUGAUGUUGUUCUAGACUAAAUAUGGAUGUGCAUUAAUUCAUCCCACUUGCACAAAAAAAAAAAGCAAAAAAAAGGAUUUAGUAUUUAUUACAAUGAAUUGACACU